AAUUUCUCAAGCUGAAACUUCAAAAAUUAAUUAAAAGAAAAUCCCCAUUCGCGGCAGCCCUGCUGAACAAUUUCUGGGUCAAUCACAUUCGUCCUUCCCAUUCUUAGUUUUAACAUAUUUCUCGUAUUUUGAUCGGCGCGCCGCUGACGGAUACAACUUCCGCUAGAUCUCAAUGAAUCUGAAACUCUACCCCAAAUCCCAAAUACUGAUCGUCUAAAGCUGAAAUCCACCUUGAUUUUGGUGCAAUUGAACGUAGUCGAUGUUGAUAGCACAAUAUGUUUGGUUAUAUUAAUGGAGACAAAGAGCUAUGAUUAGUAAUUAUGUUUGAAGAUUCUGCCGUAGGUUUUAUUUCUACUUCGGAAUAAUGGAUUUAUCCACAUUGAAUCCUGAACAGCUGACUGUAGUAGGAUCUGGAUUCUGUGUGAUGUUGACAAUGCAUUACACCAUGCAGUUAUUAUCUCAGCAUCUCUUUUACUGGAAGAAUCCCAAGGAGCAAAAGGCCAUAGUAAUUAUUAUAUUAAUGGCUCCCUUGUAUGCAGUUGACUCAUUUGUGGGUUUGCUAGAUAUCAAGGGAAGCAAGGAGUUUUUCAUGUUUCUGGAUUCUAUUAAGGAAUGUUAUGAAGCUUUGGUAAUUGCUAAGUUCUUAGCUCUGAUGUAUAGCUACCUGAAUAUAUCUAUGAACAAAAAUGUUAUACCGGAUGAAAUCAAAGGAAGAGAAAUUCAUCACUCGUUUCCAGUAACACUAUUUCAGCCUCGAACUGUCCGUUUGGACCAUCGACAUCUACUUCUUCUCAAACAUUGGACAUGGCAAUUUGUUGUCAUCCGCCCUGUUUGCUCUAUUUUGAUGAUAACGCUGCAACUGUUGGGAAUGUAUCCCAGCUGGUUAAGAUGGACAUUUACCAUCAUCCUUAACAUCUCAGUUUCUUUGGCAAUGUAUUCUCUGGUUGUCUUCUACCAUGUUUUCGCCAAGGAACUUAAACCACACAAUCCAUUGGCCAAGUUCAUGUGCAUCAAAGGAAUUGUAUUUUUCUGCUUUUGGCAGGGUGUAGUGCUAGAUAUACUUGUUGCACUGGGCAUUAUCAGGUCAAACCACAUCUGGUUAGACGUUGAGCAUGUUGAAGAGGCUUUUCAGAACGUGUUGAUAUGUUUAGAGAUGAUUGUCUUCUCUGUUUUACAGCAGUAUGCCUUCCAUGUUGAACCUUACAGUGGAGAAGUUGAAAGAAAACUGAAAAUGAGAAAGAACGAUUAAUGGUGGUAGUAGCUUUGAUGAAAAUAUAUUGGGGUCUAAAGCUUUGACAGAGAAAUUUGUAGUUACCAUUUGACUAGUCUUGUAUAUAAUGAACAGUAUUUAUCAACCUUGUGGAAAUUCUGUUCUUUGCUCAGUUUCAGUUUGGUUGUCUUCAACAGAAAUGGAAAAAUAUGUACUCAAGAAAGCAGAAUUUAGAUCAGAAAAUUUUGUUGUUGAAAUAGUCUUGGGCCCAUGAAACCAUCCAUGGACACUUGCCUGAAAGGUUAGUGGGCUUAGAAUUAUUGUUUCUGUAUCAAUGUUUUAAAUGAACCUUAUAAUUUACACUUUAGAAGGGGAAAAGUGUAUAAAUGAGAUACUUGAAGUGGUUUAUGUUUAAA